AUGGCAGAGGAUCUGAUUCCCCUGGAGAUGUCGCUUCAUGAAGGGCAGGCCAAUGAUGCCCUUCACAAUCUCCGCAUUUACCUUUGCAACAAGGCCAUCCUGUUCCGAACAAGUGUUAGGCAGGCCAAAUCCCAGGCCCUGAAAACUCGAGCUUGGUCCCAGGUGACGUCGGUGCAGCAGGCAGUCUCCCUCCAUGCCAGCAUAUAUACAAAGACAAGGAAGCAAAUGAUGAAACUUGAGCCAGGGCAAGACCAGCUUCAGAAAUACAAACCCCUGCUUCGCGAGCAACUCAAAAUCAGCACUGCAGUGGGAGACCCAAAUGCCCGAGGUCAACGAAAUGAAUCUUUGGCUUGGUUUUGGUCUGUUGAAGUCGACCUCGGGGGUCCUGAUCAAUCGUGGAAUGAGGAAUUUUACCGAGUCCAUUGGCUGAGGGCAAAGGCACUACGGGAUCGAUGGAGGGAGGAAAUGCUAUUGGUCAAAUUGGAGAUGGAUUGGACAUGUAAGUUCUUUUUGUGGAAAACAACCCAAUGGGGCGAGCACAUGCAGGAAUCAUUGGAGAAACGACUUCCGGGUCACGGAUGCUACGCCGGAAGGCAAUCCCAAAUGUAUUCAUUGCUGGCACAGGAUGCGCAGGCAGCUUUUCAAGACCUACAAAAUGUGUUGAUAGAGGCUGGAGAUGAAUGA